AUGAGGAUUAUGGUGGCUGCCACGUAUAUAGACGGGUAUUCUUACAGAUGCUCUUCUAAGGCAUGCAGAUCAAGGGAAAGCCUAAAGAAGGGGACUGAAAUGGCCUCCCUGAAUAUAGAAUUUGUAAAAAUUUUUAGGGGAAUGUAUUGCUGGGUAUAUGAUUAUACCCUAGCACAGGCCAUUGAUUUUUGCGAUUGUUCGGAGACUACCUAUAUUAAAAUCAAUGAUUUGAUUUUGCAAGUAAUUUCCGAACAAGAACCAGAAAUGGUUAAAAUGGGUGGAGAAGGUAUUGGGGUGCAGUUUGACGAAACUGCUAUCUGUAAUGGGGAGUUAAUAUCUAACCCAUCUAGUACCCCAGACAACAAACCUAAUGUACAAUGGUUAAUGGGAGAUAUAGAAGGAACAAACUGUAGGAAUUUUGUUCUAAAGCUUUUUACUAACAGAAAAAUUCCGACUAUACUAGACAUGUUCGAUGAACAUGUUGUACCCGGAUCUAUCAUUGUUACCGAUGGUUACCCAUCUUACCCUGGGGCUGUUAGUGAAUUUGGAUCUUGCCAUGAAGUGGUAAACCACUGUUGGGUUUGUUAA